AACCAACAAGAUGGCGAUUUUUAGACGACUGAUAUUAACCGUAGUUCUCCUCCACAGAUCAUGGUGUGCGGAUAACUCAGGCAAGUAUUUAGCCUCAUAGCGCUGUUGAUCAUUGUGAUUUCACAUCUGUUGCUCAAACAAGACAAAAAAAAAAUUCACACAACUCAAUAGCCAAGCCGGGUUGCUCAUUAUUUCUAAAGUUCUGAUCUUUCAUGAGCGAUGUCUGAAUUAUUCGGUAAGCAACGCUUAGACUGAUUUUGUUAUUACGCAGUUCCCUCAGGUUAUUGUUGUUAACAACCUUUGCUUAAGAAAUAUUAGCUCUCUAACCUGGAAACAAUGGAGUCGGUACGGUAGUAUUUGCUGAGACUCCUUCAAAGAGAUGAUGAUAACAAAACGUAGUUCAAGGCACAACACGAUUACUACACGAGAUCAUAUAUUUUAUUCUUUCAGACGCUGGGUUUUGAGUUAUAGUUGAAUCGACUUGAUAUCGACUUACAUUAGAGGUGCCAGUUUAUGUCACGCAACGGCAUAAUGUAAUACAGUGCUCUAUAGCAACUAAACUGGAUUUACUCGUCGGGCCCAAAUGUAGAGGCUGUGGUUAUGUGCUUGGCAGCCGUACGGUCUUCAUUACGGUAUAAUUUAACCAGCAGACUCCAACAAAUCCAACUACUUAAUUGAACAACGUGUCCAAAGCUAUAAUUCUUACUGAGAAGAUUCCGUUAGGCAACACAAUAUUAAUCCUCUAGAAACAUACUUCAACCCAUAGUUCACCACUGACACAUACUCACUGUUGCCUCCGAAUCUCCUCGAAAUGCAUAAUUUUUGAGGUAGUUACGAAAACGAAGACCCAUUACGAAAACGAAGACCCCCUACGAAAACGAAAACCCAUCAUGAAAACGAAGACACAUUACUUGCAAACUGAUCCAUCAGUGGGCUGCCUUCCUACCAAAACGGGAAGCUUUUGGGCCAUUGUUUGGGCCACGCACGCCACGUGGAAGAAACCGCGUGCACCGUAAAUUUGAAGACGGCACUUUAAAGCUUCUCAUAGGUAUUUAACAUUAAAUACAAAGCCUAUUAUGCCAGCUUUGUCCUGUGUGUUUUGCUGCUGGUAAAAAAUGUCAUCGCAUUCUUUGAUUCGCUUAAUAUAUUUGCUUUACUUUAAAAAAAAGAGCUAAGGAAACGCAAUUAAAAUCAAACCAAUACAGUUAUCCUAUUUUAGUUGAUGGAAUAUAUGAAUUCCAUAUAUUCUCCUUGACAGUUAUCUUAUGUAAAGUUAUCUCUACCUCUAGCGCUUAAAGCGUCACGCAACGCAUCUUCCAUAUGCAUGUCAUGUCUAUUUUAAAAAUCGAAAGCUCCAUGGGGCUCUACUAUUAAAACAUUCAGUAACGAGUUACAGACGUGCCAAGUUCAGAAUUCAAGAUUUCAGUAAGGGACUUCGUUUUCGUAGAGUGUCUCCCACUACGGGAUGUAUGGUAGAUUUAGAAACAAUAGAACCUCACACCAGUUCAUAUUUAAACAAUUACUGACAUCGUUAAGCUUUUUCGGUUACAUAGACGACUGCCUGCCGAUUACAUUGAUUGUGUACGCUUGAUUACAUUGGUUGUGUACGCUAGGGGCCUUAUCAGUUGAUGGCCUGACCUAGUAAUAAAGUCCACUGUGGAACCAAAACGCUUUCAUAUACUUGACGUCCGUAAAAGCUCGUUUGAAGUAGAUCGCCGUGUACCAGGAUUGAAAUCGUGACGAGUUUCCAUUCCCGCUGCCGAGUUGUCUCUACCGAGCCAUUUUUCUCUACUGUUGUUGUGCCAUCCGCGAGAGUUCAGUUGUGCACGAAAAACUAUCGUCACAAAACAUACCCACUGACUUCAUUGUUACAUCAGAUUCAUUGAAGAUCGUUGGAUUUUAUGAACCAUUAAUUUUUGCAACCCUUAGGGCUUGAUGUUUAAUCGACAGCUUACUUGUCUAGUAUUACAGGAUUUCUUACAGUCUUUCGCAGUGAGUCACUUUCGUGCAUUGCUUUCGAUUACACAACCCUUUUCCGUCCUCCCUACCACAGGUGUUGUUAUAACGGUGGCCGGGGGCGGGAGAGCCCAUCACGGGGGUACGGCAGACUGUUUGGAUUAUCAGACUCCCACCAUGGACGGAAUAGGAACAGGGGCCAGGUUUAAUUACCCUUGGGGUAUCGUUUUCGACGCGGAAGACAAUGUACUUUAUGUGGGUGACUGUGUAAGUAGAUGUAUUGUGAGUCAUGUUUUUUAAAGGCAUUAAAGCCUUUUCCAAGCGUGUUAAAUGAUCAUAUCAAUACUUCUUGGCACGAAUAUAGGAGCAUGACGCUUAGUUAAGUUUAUGACUGAAAUUAACAUAAUACUACGAUUUUAUUCCAAACAGUAGUCUUUUCGCGCGGCACAAAAAUAUUAUGUCUAAACUCCUUCAACGAGAAUAUUUCUCUCGCUGCAAUCAAGGGUGUUGGAGGACAAAAGUACAACGACAAAUUAAACUAAAAUUAUGCGUAAAUUUGUAGCUUCCCUCUCAUGCAAAAAUUUUAAAUCUUCCUCUUAUUAACAGGGCUGCCCCGAAACGGUCCACAGCAAUGAUCGUUUAAGGAAAAUCAAUGUCACGACUGGUAAGCAUUGUCUUCCUCAACAUUCGGACCCGAACUUCAACUGGGACUAAAAAUCGAAUGUCAGACUUCAGGAUCUCUCUCUACUGCGGAGAUUAGUACAACAUUACCUGAGGAUUCUUGAAGAUUUCAAGCUUUUGUUAAGUUUCAUUUUUAUCGCAGAGUUUUAAUCUUUUCAGGCCGAGUAACGACAUUAGCCGGCAGUGCUCAAGGAUACAAGGAUGGGAUCGGUGAAAAUGCUAAGUUCCGUCACGUGUCAGGUAAUGUAAACAAAGCAGCUAGAUGAGGUAGUUAAAGUGGAGAUGAAGGAUUGGUUAUUAUACCCAAAUAUGAGAUUGUUAAAAAAAUAAUCUUUAUGUUAACAGCUGGAGAGUUUGCUUAAAUUAUGCUCACGUAGGUUAAGAUUAAAUGGUCACGUGCUCACACAGAAGUUUGACGUUAACUUAAGGUCAGUGUAGUAUCCCUAAAUUUGAGCCAACACCUUUUUUUGAGUCUAAGCAUCCACAGAACACCCGUAAACAGUUUUAAGCAUAACUUGUUAAGUAUCAGAAAACAGUAAACCGAGUUUAUAUUCACAUCAGAGAAGGAGCCAGACGUGGUUGUGUUCGACCUCGACCUCGACCUCUUUUCGUUCACGAAAAGUUCAGAACCACAAUGAUCUCAAAAGGGAAAUUUGUUGUUUUCGGAUAGAGAGUUGUUUCGUGCGCGAUGUUCAUACAGAGAAACCAUUGAGUAAUUAUUGAGUUCGAAAUUGCUUUCUCCUCUUGCAGGUAUAGUUAUGGAUAAAGUCGAGAGAGUUUUAUAUGUUGCCGAUAGCGUGAGUUUAGCGUCCAAUCUCUUUCCACACCCUCAAACAAUGUUACAUAAGACUGAAAAACACCUCCUCACGAUGUGCCAUGAAAACUUAAACUUUGGGCCUGGUGAAUAAGAAAUCGCUUUGGAUAAUUGUGUAAUGACGCCGUACAACCUUGAAAUAAAAAAAAUAGAUGAACCCAUACAGACCUCCCGCCUAGAAAAUAACAUUUAUUAAAUGGCUGUUAGCGCACGUGAGCAGAUAAAAUUUGAUCCCGCGCAAGGAAAAUAAUUAAAUGGAAUGGACUUACAAAGACCGUAAGUUUUGGACAAUGUCGGCAAUGGAAUCACAAAAAGCGGUGGGCGGUCAACGAAAAAACGUAAACUAGAUUUAAAAAUAAACACGUAUCCUAGUUGGCUUUCUUUCCCAGCGCUCAAAAAUAGACAAGUCAUUCUUGAAUGUUGUUGAAAAUGUUUCGUGUCUGGAACUCUCGUAUUUUGACCCAUUUCGUUGUCUAAAGUACUCGUUUCUUUCGUUAUUGUACAGGGAAACGACCGAAUAAGAAAAGUUGAUAUUAACACAGGUGAGUUUUCUGAGGCUACUUUCUUGCCACUUAUUAAACCUUCCUUUGUGGUCCAGUUGGGAUGGACAAAAUCUCAGGGCUAGUUAUUCAAACAAAGUUUAGCCGUUGCUUGACAAAACCAUGCUCUGAGCCAUCUUCAAUUUAGCCGAAAUAUUUAUCUGAAUAUUUAUUUUAAUGAUCAGUGUCAACCCUCUUAUAGAGAAUCCCCGGGACGUAAAACCGUCGUUUGGGUUAGAUGUAAAUAAACGGUCCUUACUUUCUACGCUUUUAAAAGUCAACGGAAAACAAAGAGACAAGGGGUUUUUGUAGCAACUAUAACACAUAGGCAUGCUACGUAUGCAAGAGUUUGGUUUUUUUUGGAUGGACCAGUUUAAGGGCCUGUUUACAUGGAGGUGGGGGACCCCAGGUAGGUGAGGUAACCAGCCUAGCCGUGGUCGAAAAUUAAACGCGUUUACAUGCAAUCUUACAACCACGGGGUGCUGGGGUAAGGUUUCUUGAGGUUGUUGUUGCACUUGGUCGCAUGGUCGAUUUACAACGCUAAAUAUUCCGAAAUGUGAACAUUUCGGAAUAUUUGGCGUUGUAAAUCGAUCAUAUUUUGUUUAUAUUUCCCCAACUAUUUCUUAUAACGUAUUAAGUGUACAAUUCCUCGCGUAACCUAACACCGCGUAACACAACGCGUGACGCUUUCAUGAAUAAAUACAUACAUGUCCAAGAAUAAACCUUUCGUCUUUCUCGAGAUGCGAGCUUGGGACGUCUGUGCUCAAACUCUCUAAUUGCAAGCGCAACAACAAUCUCAAGAAACCUCACCCCAGCACCCCGUGGUUGUAAGAUUGCAUGUAAACGCGUUUAAUUUUCGACCACUGCUAGGCGGGUAUCUGAAUCAAACAUGUAAUUUAUUUACACGCUCUCUUCCCCGUUGCGUGACGAGACCUAACAUUGGCCUCCUCGCAGGCUAAGACAAUGCUUGAUGUCGUUGCCUCGUCAGAGACAAAAUUUGAAUUAUUUAGUUGCAGCUAAUUGCCUCAAAAAUAUUCUCUCUAUAAUUCUGCACUGGAAAGCAAACCGAAACUCAAUUUAUCUCCAGUAGCCAUUAACCAAAUUAUUUACGGUCUCUGUUCUUCGAACCAGUGAAAAUAUAUUAAACGAAGAGAAAAGUAUCAAAUUUCAAAGCGUAACAAUGUGGCCUCCUUAUUGGUUGUCGCCUUCUGGACUUUGCCCUUUGCAUGCGUAAUACGCUAUGAAAUGAAGGUUGUUCACAAGGAAUUGACGCGUGAUAGGGUGAAGUCUAAGGUAGCUAAAAGCGAAUUUGAUCGGUAGAACACGUCUGAGCACGUGAGAAUUGAUAAUGGUAAUUGGAAUCCAAUCCGGUCCGUAAUCAUACGAGUGGUUAACAAAAUCUUUUGUACGUUUUCCUAAAAAAAACAACGGUUGACUCGGCGAAAUGAGAAACAACAGUGCGCGCACGUGACGCGUUCUGUCUACUUACACAGGCAAACACUGAUUGGUGCAAGUACACCCCACUGCUGUGAUCUUAUUGGUGCGAGAUACAUGCCCGAAUGUGGCGAUUUGAUUUGUGCGAGCAACAUUCCCCCUUGAUUCGCCAAUAAAGUGUUAAUUUUUAAAUAACUCAAAACGGAGGUGAAGAGAAUUAAAUUGAGCCAUGUGCUGACAACGUGAUAACAUCUUUCGGUCAGCUUUAAAACUUCUGUAGUCCUCCUGCAAAAGUUCUUUUGCUUGUUCUUUUCACCAUUGCGCGUUCUAAGAUUAAAGAACUUAGAUUAAGUCUUGAGUUCUUUAUUUCAGCUAACGUAAUUACAUUUGCUGGUAGUGGGGAGUCUGGAUUCCUUGAUGACGUAGGACUCAAAGCUAUGAUGUCCAAUCCUCAACAACUGGAAUUAGACAGCAUGAAAAGGAGGCUGUUCCUUAGUGAUACGGUCAGUUACUACACAUGUUAGACUCCACUAGACGUCAAACAAGGUUUAUUAUUUCUGAGUUUCCCUCCUCUCCUCUGAAGGUUUUCGUUCAGUUUAUCACACUAUCGAAUUAUUUGAAUCGUGACAUUAUUAACUGCUGAUAAUCCACUGUCAUCCAAAUAAUUUUGAGACAUUUCAGUGUUUUAUUUUUCAUGUAACUUCCUUUUUUCCCCACGAAUAGAGGUAGGGUAUGAUUUAGAACAAUAUACAAGUUGUAUUUUAUUGAUAGAUUUUAAUGCUCGACUUCAUCGCGAGAGAACUAACUCUAAGAAGCCUGGCGUUGCUGAUUCCAUUUUAUAGGAGGUUUCUUGGUUGCUUUAUAAAUAACCAGCGGAUAAUGAACCAGUGGAUAAAUAUUAUCUCAUGGGAAAUAAAAGACAUACAGAGCGAUUUCAUCAUAUUUUAAAUACUUCAGCGUCAUAUGCAGAUAUCUUACAGCCUUGUUUCAUGUUUUGCUGAAUUCUCUUUUUAUGUAUAGUAAUGUUUUUUUACCGGCCAGGAUAAUCACGCAAUACGGAUUAUCUCAUUACCAAACGGUAAGUUAAUAGAGAUAUAGGGACCUCCAGAGGAACGUGUUUUAAUUUAAAAGAACAUUAACCUUUAAAAAAACCUUUCUCGCUUUUCAUUUUAUAUAUUUAUUGUGUGUCGGUUGGUUUCUUUUUUGGGAGGGGGCUUGCCUUUGACGCGUCGAUUAGGUGAUUAGAGUGGAGUCGUUGGUAAAAAAAAGGGGGCGCUGUUAAUUAUUUAAUACUCGUACAGUCUGCCUGCCUGUGUGUUCAUGAUAUUAUGGCUGCUUGAAACCUAAUUUAAGCUCACUCAAGCCUCUUUCAUUUAAACAGGAGAAGUUACAACAAUAGCAGGUGGUAGUCAAGGAUUAAUGGACGGCAUCGGAAAAGAUGCAAAAUUUUAUCACCCAACCGGCAUCUCACUUGAUGUGCUUACUGGAACACUAUACGUGGCUGAUCACGUAAGAAAUAAAUAUGUAGCUGAUCUCAUCAGUUUGUAGGACGCUCGCCAAUUAUGAACCCUGUAUACAGCCUCCCAUUGCUGGGUUUAUCUCAUGCGUCAGGGAGUUCUCUGUGUUACAAUGGUAGAACUUCCACCCAUAAAAUCUGAAAGUAAAGAUUUGACCCAUAAAAUUUGAAGGUAGAGAUUCCACCCAUAAAAUCUGAAGGUAAAGAUUUAACCCAUAAAAUCUGAAGGCAGAGAUUCCACCCAUAAAAUCUGAAGGUAAAGAUUUAACCCAUAAAAUCCAAAGGUAGAGAUUCCACCCAUAAAAUCUGACGGUGGAGCGUCCACCCAUAAAAUCUGAAGGUAGAGAUUCCACCCAUAAAAUCUGAAGGUAGAGACUCCACCCAUAAAAUCUGACGGUGGAGCGUCCACCCAUAAAAUCUGAUGGUAGAGUUUCCACCCAUAAAAUCCAAAGGUAGAGCGUCCACCCGUAAAAUCUGAAAGUAGAGCUUCCACCCAUAAAAUCUGAGGAUAGAGAUUCCACCCAUAAAAUCUGAAGGUAAAGAUUCCACCUAUAAAAUCUGAAGGUAAAGAUUCCACCCGUAAAAUCCGGAGGUUCAAAUAAUCGUGAAAAAAUAAAAAGAAUUAUGCCUUUGUCUAAAAUUUUUGAAAAGGGUUUGAUUGAAUAGCUUUGUGUGUAUAGUAACCGAGUGACUGGCUUGUAAACGAUACGAACUAAGUAAGCAGCGAGGAAGCGGGAAGUGGUCGUCUUCGUUGCCUCCCAACUUACUCAGCUCGCUGAUUGAUGUUUUUUUAAAAGUACUUUUUACUUUCCUUGUCUUGUUGUUUACAGUAUAACCAUAUGAUACGAACAGUGGAUAUAAAUAGUGGUAAGAUGAUAUAUUCUGAUUUAUUGUACUCGUCAAAUAUACCCUCUAUAUGGAGAAAGACAAUUUUCUAGUGGACUAAAAAUAGAUGUGUUUCUUCACUCAUAUUGUUACUAGAUAUGUCCUUGUGUAAGAUAAAAUAUCUUUGAAAAUAUGUUUACCGGGUAGUACAGGCCCGUAUGUCGUUGUUUGGGCUUUUUUUUUUCUUUAUUAAUCAUUCAUCUGCAUCCUCAGUAUACUUUAGCUCACGUUGGUGUCCGUUUUCUGCAGUUCUCUUACGUCUGUUUGUGUUUGUUUAUAAUUGUCAAUCUUCGUGUUCGAUGGUGCUCUGCUUUGCGUUGCGAGUAACUGGUAUUGUCAUCUAAAGUGCAUCAUUCAAAAUUUUCAUCAACGCUUCUCGUUAUACUCAGAUAACUCUGUAUUGUUUUGUUCCGCUUAUAAACUGUGGAUCAAUAUUCCCAUGUUAGGUGAAGUCACUUCACUGGCGGGUGGGGGAAGAGAAGGAUUUAAGGAUGGUUUUGGAAAAGAAGCGAGGUUCAAUUAUCCUGAGGGGUUGUACUUUGACACCGAUUCUAAUUUACUCUAUGUUGCAGAGUUUGUAAGUAUCAAUAAAGAAACCCUUAUGUAAAUAAUCAAUAAAAGGAUAAUUAAUUUGUGCUAAGUCUGCCUACUAGAUUAACUCACACAGCGUCUGCAGUUUAUCCCAGUUUCUGAAGUAUGUUAUGAUAAGGAGAAAUGAUACUCCCCCCCACCCUCCUGGGUGGGAUGCUUCUCCACUGCAGGCUAAUACCCCUCCACCCUCAGUGUAUUACGUGGUUCAUAACAUUCAUUUGCAUUCGUAUUCAGUGGAGAGAGGUAAUGUAAGAGUUAACAAGAAGACAACACAAUAAUGUUUUCCAGCGUUAGCUAGCUUUUUGCUAAACUUACAGCUGUGGAUAAAUAAGCGUAUCGAGGAAAAGAAGAAAGGAUGGAAAGAAUUGGUUUCUAAGAGGCGUCUGGAUUUGACUUGAUACUUGAACGAACGAAGUUAGCAUUAAUUCUAAAGUUUUUUGCCUUUUAACUGACAAGCCUUCCCAUAAAUUCAUUUUAGGACAGCCAUGCCAUAAGGAUUGUUACCCCUGCAGGUAAGCGAUGUUAGUUCUUCUAAAUUACAUACCUCUGUGUGCAACACAUGUGUGGUCAAAAGAUACGAAUAACUGAAUGCAAUAUUUUUUGGUAGCUUUCAUUUAUUAGUUUUGUAAAGAAAUACUUGUUUGUGCUCUGCAGAUUCUGGAGCAAACAAGACCAUUUUCUGUUAUCUCAAUAUUUUAUGUAGCCGCUGGAAUUAACUGUUGUAAAGGUUGUAUCUUCAUCAGUUGCUAUUUACAUUUGGCGAUCCUAAGUACAAAAUUUUUUUCGUUCUUUAUAUGUUUACGAAUAUUUUCGAAGUAUGUUAUGACAGCGUAAUACACUGUUUCAGUGCGCAAAUCGAUUUAAGUUUUCAGAUCAUCUUUAGUAAAGUUUGUCUUUUCAACAACAGGUGAAGUAAGGACGCUGGCCGGCGGGACUGAAGGCUUCAGAGACGGAGUCGGCAAGGAAGCGAGAUUUUUUCAUCCCACUGGGUUAACAUUUGACAAUAAAAGAAAAGUUAUAUACGUUACAGACCAGGUGAGCUAUUCAUAUACUGCGUGUCUCAAGAAAAUUGCGAGUUGGAAGGCGAUUGCUGGGCUCAUCACGUUGGUUAAAAUAGUCAACAAGAUAGAAUUUUGUGCUCAGAGGGCAUAGGGUGAGGGUUAAAUUUGGAAAGGACUUCCUACUACUUCAGUUGCGAACCAAAACGUUGACAUUCGAAAAAUCAAAUUCACUGUUUGAUAUUCCGAGAACUUAACGAAUGGGCUUGUUGAUCAACCUCAUUCUUAGAGCGUUCUCUUGAAAAUGUUGCCUGUAGAUUUAAUUUUUUAGUAGCAUGACUGAACUUUACAGAAUUUUUCGUGGAAUUUGUCAGUUUUCGUUCUUUUUCAGUAUAAUCACAUGGUGAGGAGUAUCACUGCAGUUGGUACAACAGUCGUAGAUCCCAAGAAAUCAGGUAAAAAAUUUAGGGGAAUGAUUGAAUUUCAGUGAACCACUCCCUGACAUAUUUUUAGUUUCAAUGGAGACUUUCUCUGCUGGAGCGUAGAAUAAUGAUAGUAGAGUAAAGUGCCUAAACAUAAAGAUAAUGAACUUGUUUGCUUUCGACCAGUAUCAAAACAUAGAAUUAUGACAGCAAGACCCAUUCGUAUAGUCAUCAGCUAAAAGGAAACACAAAGACUGGUAAACCUUUACUUUUGAGAUAUGUACGAUAAGAAAAAAAGUGACAAUGACUUACCAAAUAUUUCGCUUGCAAAUCAAUGCCGACCCUUGUUUGAGAUUUUUUAAGGAAACGUGUUCGUGAAUAUUUAAGAGUAAGGAAGGCGAAACUGUUGGGCUUAUUAUUCUCAUACAUGUCACUUAAUCUUUGUUUCAGGUUUGAUCCAGACUCUUCGGAAGACAAGAGACACGCCAUAUUUAUUUGCAUGUUUCUUUUUGACUGUAAUCGUUCUCUUUAUCCUCGCGCUCUGGUUUCGACGGAGUUUGCGAUAUUUGUUUAGGAAAAGACAUUUUUAGUAAGUUAAAAAUUUUGGAAAUUCUCACCCUUCAGUGAAACCUGCAUUAAUUAAGUUAGUUUAAAUUAAGAGUUAUAGUAAGAUUACACCCUGUGAAAAGCAGAGACCAGCUGUGUUCCGAUUUAUUUCUUCCUAUGUUCUGUAAAACAAUUUUGUAUUCAACGGUUACCUCUAUUAGAUGGACGCGGGCACUGAAACCCCAAAAUUAUCAAAACAAGGGGACGUACCAAGAAGUUUUACUAUAAAUCUCAUAAUUAUUAAGGAAACUGUUGAGUUUUAACACUGCGUUCAGUUCACGUUAUUGAGUGUUACACGACCCAUAGUAAUGUAUCGAUAAGCCAUUUUUUAGCACAUACUACACGAGCACAUUGCACUUUGAAAAUUUGUUUUCGACCCGGCAUAUUUCUAAUUUGUAACAUAAUUUCAUGCUAGCAAACCGUCAUAGGCCUCCCUUCGCCUUUUUGCACGAUCAGUGUCGAAGAGAAGUGGGAAGAUUUGUUCGUUAUCGUUUAAACUUAUUACACUGGUACUAUGACUUAGCUGAAUCUAUAGCUUAAGGGGGCUCGUGGAAGGUUUCUCUAUACUUUCUGAGAGCGGAGCCAAAUGAUUGAGACGUUACAGCCUUUGUGUUUAAGGAAGAAGACCCAUUUUUUGAAUUUUUAUAGCACAAAUCAGAUAAAGAGCGAGAAAAUAAAACGCAAG